AUGGCUGAAGAGGAGACCGAGUUCUCGUCUUUCGACGACAAGGAUUGGGAAGCCCAAGAUGCCGCCGACGACCGCGAGAUCGCGCGACUUCUGGAGCAGAGCCAGGACGGCGCCGGCGGAGGACUUAAGCUUGACGACACCCCCUUCGAUCAGACCAACAAGGCAGACGAUGCAGAGGAUUUUGAGGACAUCAGCGACGACGACCUUCCCGAUGAAGAAGAACCGAGCGCGGGUACAUCGCUCGAACUGCCUGGACUGACGGACGAUGGCAACACUAGUAAUGAUGCAGACGAUCUGUUCGGAGAAGGCCCAUCCUCACCCAUCGACCCCGUCAACGGCCCAACGUCACCCGCGCCUCUCGUUCGCGAUGCCGAGGCAGCCGACGAUUCGCAAGCGGUCGACGCAGGCAUAAGCUUUGGCUCUAUCAAUUUCGACCCAGAUCCGCACGUCAAUGGCGCCCUUAACCAGGAUCCCGACAUUCCUGCGCCCGCCGAAUCGAUCGGAGACUUGCUAAAGGCCACUUGGCCAGCAUACAAGAAAGGCCACAUUCUGACAUGGAGCGAACUUUUGCCACCGAAGAAGGCGACCUGGAAGGAGAAGAAGCCGCUCAAGAAGCCCAAGUAUUUAGUCACGAGCAAGCUGAGCCUUGAUGUGGCUCCCGACGAUGAGAAACUCUUUCGGAUUCCCGGACCUGCAACUUCGACCAAAGCGAAACCCAACGAAUCAACAAUCAAUGGUCUGGUGCAUUGCAGUCCUGCAACCGAUGGUCAGGAAGAAGACAUUGCACAGUUCGACCUCGACCAUGACUCUGAUACGGAAACCGUCAUGGGCUUCACACUGCGCGAUAUCGAACUGGCCUGCGAAGAUUGGAGUGUCCAUAUCGAGAGCGUCGAGGCCAGCUUUGCGGCCCAACAGUUGGCUGCGGAGGAGGCCGCAUCGUCACAGAAGCGCCAGAUCGAAGAGGUUGAGCAAGAUGACGAAUGGGAUGCCGAGUUUCUGAUGGACGUCGCCGACGAACCCCAGCCUCGCCAGAAGAAGCGCAAGACGAUUCCGCUUGGCCUGCCAGAAAUUCCUCGAUACACCGCGCCCUCAUUCGACAACUUCGAAGAAGCGACUCGACGAGGUGCAAAGCGCGUUCACCUGGAAAUCAGCGACCCAUAUCUUCUGCUGGAAACGGAGUCCUACAAUAAUAACAAGAGACCGCGGCAGGAGGCGCAGUUGAAGCGCAUGGCCAACGGAAAUAUGGGCCGGGAUAUCUCACAGCGCUUCAACCUCUCCAACGAUGAGGCGUACGAACUCUUGAAGGAGAACCAUCAGAGCAAAGUCAGAGCUACUCUUGGCAACAUUUCGGUGGAGCACGGCAUGCCUGCCCUCAAGCUUUCAUGGCCGUAUUACAAAGUCAAGCUCAGCGGCACAACGGAUGAGUACCAUCGUCCCCGGUUCCGCUAUAAGAAAAUGGUGGGACACACCAUCAGGUUCGACAAGCCCCUACAUUUCAAGCGAAAGCAGAUGAAGGGCAAGGCGCAUGAGAUUUUCCAGAAGUCGAAAGAUCUGAGCCUCUACGAUAAUUCUACUGCUGUGCUCUUCGAAUACUGCGAGCCGAGGCCGAGAGUGCUGAACAACUUCGCCAUGGGCAACCGACUCAUCAACUACUACCGGCGAAAGGAAAACAGCAACGAAGAGGAGCAGCUCGCCAAGUUGGACCUGGGUGAGUAUCGUACUUUGCUUCCUGAAGACCGCUCGCCGUUUUCCCUCUUUGGCACUGUCGACCCCGGUGAAGUCGUGCCGACGCUACACAACGAGAUGUACAGAGCGCCUGUUUUCAAGCAUACGCCCCGAAGCACAGACUUCCUCGUUGUCCGCAGCACCACGGGCAUUGGCGGCCCGAAAUGGUACCUUCACAAGAUUGAUCACCUGCACGUCGUCGGCCAGGCCUUUCCAUCGGUGGACGUCCCUGGUCCGCAUAGUAGGCGUGUUACUAAUGCGUCAAAAAGCCGAAUGAAAAUGCUGGCGUUCAGGAUGAUCAGGCACAGUCGGACGGAUAACUGUCAGUUGUCCGACAUCACUAAGCAUAUUGCGGACUCCACAGACACUCAGAACCGACAGAAGCUGAAGGAAUUUCUCCAGUACGACAGGGAUAGCAAGGAGAAGGGAAUGUGGCGCCUGAAACCUGGAGAAAUACUUCCGGAUGAGAACGCUAUCCGUGCCAUGAUCAAGCCUGAGGAAGUGUGCCUGCUUGAUGCCAUGCAGCUUGGUAUCAAGGAGCUUGAGGAUGCCGGCUACGACCCUCGUAAUGCAACAAUUGACGAUGACGCACAGGGACUCGACGCCGAUGAGGAGGAAGACGACGAUGGCGAAGGGAGCAAAAUCGUCAAGGGGCCCAAGAAGGUUGUCGAGAAGCAGGAAGAAACACUUGCGGACAAAAUGGCGCCCUGGAAGACGACAAAGGCGUUCAUCGACGCUUGUGCUCAAAAGGCUAUGCUCCAGCUCCAUGGUGAAGGAGACCCUACCGGCCACGGACUUGGAUUCAGUUUCAUCAGAACUUCCAUGAAGGGCGGCUACAUAGAAGCAGUUCAGGGACCCUUGGCUACGUCAGCUGAUGCGAUGGAACGUGAGAAACGGGCGAACGGCGGCCACGCAUAUAACGUGAAGAAGCAGCAGGCAAUGUACGAGGAGGGCAUUCGUGAAAUCUGGGAGAAGCAGAAGGCAACCCUCUCGGACACGAAGGAGCAUGAUGUCAACGAUAUCGCAGCGACGGAAGACGAAGAUGAUAGGUUCAACGUUCAAUCAGCAGCCACGCCGGCCAUAUUCGACGACGGGAACAGCCAGAUUAGCGGUUUUACUUCGUCCAGCCGACACCCGAAACGAGCGAUUCGCAUCUCUCGAGAGGUGGAGCUCCCCGACGGAACGACGCAAACGAGAAUCGAGGUUGUUCAUGACCCAGUCGUCAUUUCACAGUAUAUCAAGCGGCGAACAGAAGCCGACUUGGAAAUGCGAGAUAUCUACAGCGCAAGGCCUACGGGCAAUGCCGACCACGACCGUCUUGCAAACCUUAGGAUCAAAAAGGAACUCGAACGACUGGAGAAAAACAAGGCCCGACGACAGGCUCGAGAGCAACAGAAAGAGCUUCACCAAAAAGCCAGCGCUGGCGACGCCGGGUCUCCUGGAGCCGAUAAGGUCCCUACAGGAACCACCCGCAAGUGUGCCAAUUGCGGUCAGGUUGGACACAUCAAGACAAACAAAAAGUACGGUAACUCCUGCUUGUUCCCUCCCAGUCUCACCACCUCCGCAUUAUGUCCUUUGCUUAACGGCACGAUGAAGGCGGAUAACGGCGCAUCAGAGCACGGCGGCUUUGGUAACUACAAUGCCCCCGCAGGAGGCGCAGGAUCACCGAGCUAG